UAUUAUGACACACGCGCACACAUACACACACAUAAUACUGAAGAGUUAGGCGCACUCGUUCCUGCCAGGAAGUUGAUAGUUUUCGGGAAAAGGAAAAAGACAAAACAGCCAUAGUAAAGGUAUCUCGAAUCGACUAGUUUGUUGAACGUGAAGGGAUCCGGGCAGUAAAUGCAGGAUUAUGGACUAAUGGAGGAUUAGUCGAUGGAGACUCACAGAAGUUUUGGGCUCGUCCGGGUCCUGCUGCUGCUGUCGGGCAUUACACGCGCUACGGGCAGAGAAGUAUGUCUCGGGACGGAUAUGAAGUUGGCAUUACCCUUCAGUUAUGAGAAUCACUAUGAGAUGCUCAAACUUCUGUACGACGGGUGCCAGGUGGUUCAUGGUAACCUGGAGAUCACACACCUGCAUGGCAACCCAGAUCUCUCCUUCCUGCAGGGUAUAGUGGAGGUGCAGGGUUAUGUGCUGAUAGCUCAUGUCUCAGUGCCUUUGGUUCCUCUGGACAGUCUACGGAUCAUUCGAGGAAGUCAGCUCUAUAACUCCAGCUACGCUCUCGCGGUGCAAGACAACAUUCACCGUAGUCAGACGAAUUUGGGUUUGAGAGAACUUCGCCUCAGCAGUUUAACCGAAAUCCUGCUUGGUGGGGUUUAUAUUUCGCAAAACCCUCAACUUUGCUUCCCUCAGAAUAUUAACUGGAUAGACACUGUUUAUAAUGGUCAGAGCAAACCACUUCUCCUGCAAAGUCUCCCAAAGCAUUGUCCUCGUUGUUCCUCAGCUUGUCUGCCUGGUGGAUGUUGGGGAGAAACGGAUAAAGACUGCCAAACAUUGACCUUUGUUAAUUGUUCAUCUGGCUGUUUGCGCUGUAAGGGUCAGAAGCCCAGUGAUUGCUGUCAUGGGCAGUGUGCUGCUGGGUGCACGGGGCCAAAAGACUCUGACUGUCUGGCCUGUCGACACUUUAAUGACAGUGGGAUAUGUAAAGAAAAUUGCCCACUACCCACCAUCUACGACCCGAUCACUUUCCAGUCCAAACCUAACAAGGACAAAAGGUUCAGCUUUGGAGCCUCAUGUGUAAAACAGUGCCCACGUAACUACUUGGCCAUGGAGGUGGCGUGUACCAUGGUUUGUCCCAAAGCUAAUCAGGAGGUCAUCACUGUCCAACCAGAUGGUCAAGAAACACAGAAAUGUGAAAAGUGCGAAGGAGAGUGUCCUAAAGUGUGUUAUGGUCUAGGCAUGGGAGACCUGCAGAACGUUUCAGUGGUGAACGUCACCAACAUUGAUGUUUUCAGUGGCUGUAAGAAGAUAUAUGGCAGUUUGGUUUUUCUCGCAGAUUCCUUUAAAGUGAAUCCUGUAACCAAUUCAUCCGGACUGCAGCAGAGUGACCUGGAACGUUUGAAGACGAUAGAAGAGAUCACAGGUUAUCUGUACAUUGAUGCCUGGCCUGAAUAUUUGCCUGAUCUGAGUGUUUUUGAGAACUUAAGGGUGAUCAGAGGAAAGAUGCUUUACAAGGGUGUUCUAUCUUUGGGAAUUCAAUCGUUGCAGAUCGAGUCUCUCGGGCUGCGUUCCCUGCGCAGCGUCAGCGGAGGUUUAGUUCUGAUUCAUAAUAACUCCAGACUGUGCUACAACUCCUCCAAGGCCUUGUCCUCGCUGCUCGUUCCAACACAGGAACCCAAUUUCAUCAUUAACAACAACCGAGACCUAGAAGCAUGUGUUGUGGAGGGGAAUGUGUGUGACCCCCUGUGUGCGGAUACAGGCUGCUGGGGUCCGGGACCCAGUCAAUGUGUGUCUUGUGUGAACUACAAGCGUGGUACAGAGUGUGUGGAGCAGUGUAACGUCUAUCAGGGGUCAAUGCGGGAGUUCGUGGACGGUACAAACUGUAUCUCUUGCCACCCAGAGUGUCGACCAAUCAAUGGCUCUGAGUCCUGUAUAGGCCCAGGUGCGGAUCAGUGUAGGGAGUGUGCGCAUUAUCAGGACGGUGAUUUGUGUGUCGAGCGUUGUCCCAGCGGGGUGAAAGAAGACCAGCACACCAUCUGGAAAUACUUCAACGCCACAAAACACUGUCUUCCCUGUGAAACCAACUGCACCGUCUCAUGUCCACUGGAUGAACGGGGCUGUCCCAUCCAACAAAAAGCUGGGCCUGGAACAACAAUUGCCAUCACCAUCGGUGGAUUGUUUCUCUUCUUUAUUCUGGUGGCACUGCUUGUGUUUUACCUGCGACGGCAGAAACAGCAGAAGAGGAAAGAAACAAUGAGGAGAAUUCUGCAGGAGCACGAGCUGGUGGAGCCACUGACCCCGAGUGGAGCGAUGCCCAAUCAGGCUCAGAUGCGCAUCCUUAAAGAAACAGAACUGAAAAAACUCAGAGUGCUGGGAUCUGGAGCCUUCGGCACGGUCUACAAGGGCAUCUGGGCUCCUGAUGGGGAGAAUGUAAAGAUCCCCGUGGCCAUUAAAGUUUUGCGCGAGAACACGUCGCCCAAAGCCAACAAAGAAAUCCUGGACGAGGCGUAUGUGAUGGCAGGUGUUGCCAGCCCGCAUGUGUGCCGUUUGUUGGGUAUCUGUCUCACCUCGACGGUUCAGCUGGUUACUCAGCUCAUGCCAUACGGAUGCUUGCUGGAUUACGUCAGAGAGAACAAAGACCACAUUGGCUCUCAGUAUCUCCUCAACUGGUGUGUUCAGAUCGCUAAGGGCAUGAGUUACCUUGAAGAUGUGAGGCUGGUGCACCGAGACCUUGCAGCUCGAAAUGUUCUUGUAAAAAACCCAAACCAUGUGAAGAUUACAGACUUUGGUUUGGCCAGACUGCUAGACAUAGAUGAGACGGAAUACCACGCGGACGGAGGAAAGGUGCCAAUCAAAUGGAUGGCGCUGGAGUCCAUAUUACACAGAAAGUUCACUCACCAAAGUGACGUAUGGAGUUACGGGGUGACUGUAUGGGAACUGAUGACCUUUGGCAUGAAACCAUAUGACCACAUACCGGCACGGGACAUUCCAGAACUGCUGGAAGGGGGGGAGAGACUCCCCCAGCCCUUCAUCUGUACCAUAGAUGUCUACAUGAUCAUGGUCAAAUGCUGGAUGAUUGAUCCGGACAGUCGACCACGAUUCAAGGAGCUUGUGACCGAGUUCGCCAAUAUGGCACGUGAUCCUCCACGUUACGUCGUCAUUCAAAACGACGAGCAAAUGAGUUUGUCGAGUCCAGUAGACAGCGCCUUCUUCAGGGCGUUAUUGGCAGAAGAGGGGGGGAACGUGAAGGAGUUCCUGGACGCAGAGGAAUAUCUGGUGCCCCAGCCUGGUCUCUUUAAUAUACAAGGAGAAAGCAGACCCAAUGGACCCAGCAGACGUCAAUCACACAGGAGUACAGAUCAGAUCUUAGAGACAGACGGUAUGCCAAGCGGCAGGGGUUUGUACUCCUCUGUCAGCACGCUGGGGCAGUACCCGACUCUUCCUAUGGGAGCAACGGCCAAUGGGAUGUGGCCAGGAGCGCAGUACCCCGCACUAGUACGGAGCAUAUCACACCGUUCAGCUGGGGGCCAAUCAGACUCUGUGUUUCUGGAUGGGGACAUAGAGGAAGACGGUCCGCCGUCCAGUCCUGGACGCUACUCUAAAGAUCCCACCAUGCCCAAUGGCAUCGACGGAGAUAUGGAGUGCGACGGCCCUGUUGAUUUCUCAUCGUACACGCUUCCACGCGGAGCACACACACAACCCGAGUAUGUGAACCAGGAUGUGCCAUCAGAGCGUCCCAGCACCCUUCCACGCAAAGCAAGAGAGAGACGGCUUAUGAACGGUCUGUGUACAGGGCACAGCGUGGAGAACCCAGAGUAUCUGGUGCCUAUAAACAACAUCACGCCCAUGUCGCCAGCCUUCGACAACCCCUACUAUCAUGAUAUUGCAGCUAAAGCGGUGACUGGAGCGUCAAUAAAUGGCGGCACAGCUCACAGGCAGCCCAACGGCUAUAUGACCCCGACAGCAGAAAACCCAGAAUACCUGGGUUUAGCCGAGACUUGGACUCAAAUCGAUUAUGCUUGAGAGGAGUAAUACAGAGAUGAAUGUGUUGAGUGAAUGAAUGUGACUUUUUUUAAAAUCUCCACAAAACCCAUGUAGCAUUCUGUUGUAUUUUUGAACUUGAAGAUGGAUGCACUUCCGGUCUUUGCCAAAAGAAAAAAAUCUACGUCGGAAAUGUAUCUGAUAAAAACCAUGGUACAGAUGAUGAACAACACUGGAGCGGACGAAAUGUCUCGGAUUCUUUUUGUAUUUCUAUUUUCGGUCAUCUCACGAAAACAUUGUCACACCUCUUACUGGAGUUUCGAUUCUGAGCACGGACCGUACACACGUUGGUUUACAGACGGUUGGACGGAGUGAAAGCAGAUCCGUUGUGUGUGUAAAGGCCCUGGGUGAGCAGCUAGGCUUAAAUGCCAAUUAUAGCCACUGGAAAUGGUGCAUUGUGUGUGCAACUAUGAAGAUUUAACAUUUCUUCUCUGUGAUAUAUAUAUAUAUAAAUAUACAUAUACUUUGUGUUUUCACACUAUAAAAUUUCUUACGUUUGAUUAAUAAUAAAAAUAAAUCAUCUUUAUGGGCUUUGAAGCAGAUGUACAGAAAAAUGAACCUACAUGUAUAGUAAGGGCAAAAUUUGCCAAAGAAAUGACCUGGUCUUAUUUUACCCCAAAAUCGUUUCAUCCUAAAAUUAUGUUUUUUAAUUCAUAUUGAAAAGGAAAUCCCAAAAUGUAUAUUUUGCAAAUGGAAAAGAAAACAAAGCCAUUUUUGUGUUAUUAUUUUGUUAUUUGUGACAUUAGUUUCAUUCUCAUUUUGCAUCAGCUGUUUUACGUUACUUUUUAUGUUCUUACCUCAACUUAGACAAAUUAAUACGUACCUACCUUUUUCGAUGCGUGCACUUAAUGUCGUAAACGUGUUAGCAUUUAGCCUAGCCCCAUUCAUUCCUUAUGAUCCAAACAGGGAUGAAUUUAGAAGCCACCAAACACUUCCAUGUUUUCUUUAUUUAAAGAUUGUUAGUAGUUACAUGAGUAAAUAUGGUGGCACAAAAUAAAACGUGGCGAUUCGCAACAUUAAAGGUGCAGUAUGUAGAUUUUAGCGACAUCUAACAGUGAGAUUGCUCAAUCUACCUUUCACCGAAAUGCACAAACAUGUCGUCUAAGACAAAAUACAGUCGUGACAAAACGCGCCCUGUAGAGCAGUUUGUCCUUGUAGGGCUACUGUAGAAACAUGGCGGCGCAAAAUGCCGUAAGGGGACGUAGAUAAAAAUAGCUCAUUUUGAGGUAAUAAACGCAUAAUAGUUCAUUAUGUGAGGUCUUUAUACACCACUAAUAAUAUAGUUAUGUAUAUUAUAUUGCAUUAGGUCCUUCUAGAAGUUACACACUGCACCUUUAAGUGAACGCAUUGAAAAAAGAUAGUUCAGGUAAGAACAUAGUAAAAUAUUGAAAAAUGGUGGUGUUUUCCUUUAAGGAGUGAUUUUCUUUAGAUUUUCUUACUGAUAAAAACAAUUUCUACUGUGCAAAAAUGUAUUGUAAUAAUUUUUAUUCAAAUUGGCACAAAUUAAAAGCUGUACCAAAAAUACUACAUCAUGUUUAAAUACUUGACAGAAAUGAGAAUUUAAUUAGAAAUGUAAUAAAAAUAAUGUCACAACCGAGACAGCAGAAAAUGUUGGGCCGGAUCCGUACCGGAUCUGCACCAAAGUCGGCAGCUCAGGUGUGUAUUUGGCCUAGAGUCAUUUGCUGGGAAUGCAAAAAUCAUAUAGCUGUCCAAAAAUAGGCUGCUUUUUCUUAUUAUUUUUUAUAAGAAAUCCGGUUUUGGGGUAAAAUACAACCUGGAAAUUUCAGUUUUUAUUAGAUUCACCUGACAAUGUUUUGCCUCAUGUGUUGUAUAUUUGUAUUCUUUAUAAUGUUAAAAAUCUUUCAAGGGAAUCUAGAGACGUUUUAGUCUAAGUGGGUUUCUUAUUUGCAGUAAUGUAUACAACAUGGUAUUAAUUGAUGUACAGGGGUGCUUUUAGACUAAUUUCUAAUGUUGCAACAAGGAGGAUCAAUUUAAACUUUUUAUUUUUUUUUUUUUGACGGUGGGGUGUUUAACCCCAAAUUUGAUUAUUUACUAUGUCUGUUUUUAUAAUUUAAUGAAGCACCUCCUACUUAUUUAAAUUGUGUCACAUAUAGGGUGAUAUGGCAUAAACUACCAGUCAUUCAGCGCACACUUUUAAAGCAAGUUUUGUAAGAAACAAAUCAGCAACAUAGCUGCCAUGUCUUUGUCCCUUCAAAGUGCAUCAUUUAUGCUGUUUGGAGCGCACUGAGAGACUCCUAAAACUGAAGCCAGUGUUGUGGAGUAAAGACUUCACAUUUAAGAAUGCGAUCUGAUUUCCAUAUAUUAGCAGCUGUGGCCUCUGGGUGGAUGAACGGCCCUUCAAUGCCUCCAUUGUUCCAAAUUACAACGUGAUCUCUUUGUUAACUGCAGCGUCCAGUUAAUGUGUCACUUCUUUAAAGCGUGUGUAUGUGUUAUUUGAUACGUCAUUACACAUGGGGGAAUUUUUAUACAUUAUUCAGUCAUCAUAACAACUAGAUUAUAGCAUCUUGAUGUUUUUUAUCUGCAUUUUUUUGGUUACACAGCACUAACUUGAAUAUGAAUAUUUAAAUAUUGCAUUGAGAAUGUUUGAAAUUGCGAGUCACUGAUGAAUGUUAAUGAAAUUGUGACGUGAAAAAAUGAAAUGCACGCUAAUGGUACUCCAGAGUAUUUUGAUGUUAGCCCAAACAAUGACAUGAUUGUAUUUCACAAUAAGGAAUGGGGGAAAACUGGGAAUUUUUGCUUUGUUGCUAUCCAUAACCAACCUUUCGAAUGUCCAUGCUGUUAGUUCAGUUUGAUAAAUUCAUCAGAAUGAAUAGAAAAUCACAGUUUACUUUAAAUACAGUGUGUCAUUUCUGUACUGCUUGAGGAAUCAAAUGAAAUUCCAGUCUGUUGGAAUGAACUGAGACGCCAACAUUGCCUCAAAUAGUAGUGUGAUUUUGUGAUGGGACUUUUAAAACAAUCAUUAUUAUUUUAGCAAUUUCAUUUAGUGAUGCAGAAAUCUGUUUGAUCCCUUGUUACCUUUUUUGGUAUGCAAUUCUCUGCUCGCAGGAGGUGUAAGAUAAAUGUUUUUCAUAAUACUAUUUUUGUACUUCAGUUUCAGGACCCAAUGUCAUAAACCAGUGCAGUGAUGCCAGCAGUAUCCAAUACUAGAACUCUAUGCAAGCACAUUGAAGGAAUUGUAAAAUCUGUCAUGACCAUGAUUUGAACAGUAAUUGUACAUUUGGAAUGUUUUAUAUGUACUUUUUAUAUGCAAAUUGUCCAGAUCUAUCAUUAUAUUGUAGACUCGAGUUAAUGUAAUAUUGCUAUUCUUCCUGUGAGCCAUUAAAGUGUAAAUAUACUUUAUGAAAUCUUUA